AUGUUGUCCUCCGCUUCGUUGUUGCUCGGUGGGCUUAUCGGGCUUGCGACCGCGCAAUUCCCGCCCACCCCGGAAGGGAUCAAAGUGCUGAAGUCCAAAUUACACGAAAAUGUGACGAUUUCUUACAAAGAGCCUGGGAUCUGCGAGACGACGCCGGGGGUCAAGUCGUACGCGGGCUACGUGCGGCUGCCGCCUGGUACUCUGGACGACGUCGAUGGGGAAGCGCAGGACUACCCCGUCAACACUUUCUUCUGGUUCUUUGAGGCCCGCAAGGCACCGGAGAAUGCCCCGUUGGCGAUUUGGCUCAACGGCGGUCCUGGCGCGUCUUCCAUAAUGGGACUCCUCGAGGAAAAUGGUCCCUGCUUCGUCAACGAAGACUCCAAGACCACUCGACUGAACCCGUGGAGCUGGAACAACGAGGUCAACCUCUUAUACAUUGACCAGCCUACUCAGAUGGGGUUCUCUUACGACACCCCAACGAACGUUUCUAUCCAUGAAAGCGAAGAUCCUGGACUAGGUAUUGGUAUGCACAUGUUUCCCGCCGAUUUCAGUGACGGGGUCCCCGAGGCCAACUUCACGUAUCGGUACGGCACGGCCUCUAGCCAGAAGGUCUCGCAGACUUCCAACACGACGGCCCAUGCUGCUCAUGCUUUGUGGCACUUUGCCCAGACCUGGUUCUUCGAGUUCCCCGGCUACAAGCCUAUCGAUGACCGCAUCAGCCUCUGGACGGAGUCUUACGGAGGACACUACGGGCCGGGCAUAUUCCGGCACUUCCAGACCCAGAACGAGCUCAUCCGGAACGGAUCCUCACCGGAGAAGAAUGCCCAGUUCAUCCAUCUCGAUACGCUGGGGAUCGUCAACGGCCUCAUUGAGUUCACGAUCCAAGCCGAGAGCUGGAUCAGUUUCGACUACAACAACACGUAUGGAAUCCAGGCGUUCAACCAAUCUAUCCAUGAUGAGAUGAUGUACAAUUGGACACGCCCGAAUGGGGUCAGAGAUGGAAUUCUUGACUGCCGAGAGGCCCUUAAGGAGCAUGGCCCGUUCCUCGCGAGCCGUGACAAGAAGAACGUCACAGAAAUCUGCGGGUUUUUCCUCGACCAGUGGGUCGAAGCUGUGGCGCUAUAUCAAACGAUGCCCGAUGGAAAGGGCUGGUACGACAUUGCGCACGACAAACACGAUCCCUUCCCGGCUCCGCAUCUGUACGGCUAUCUCACCGAGGGCGACGUCCUAUCAUCACUCGGCGUGCCUGUCAAUUACACGGAGGCGGCGGGUGCGGUAAGCAAGAGCUUCAGCCAGACAUUUGAUAUAAUCCUAGGCGGGUUCAGCGAGUCAAUUGGGCACCUUCUCGACAAUGGGGUUAAUGUUCACAUGAUGUACGGUGACCGCGACUAUGCCUGCAACUGGGUGGGGGGCGAAAAAGCUAGCCUGGCGAUCCCAUACAACCGGUCGGUUGACUUUGCCAACGCCGGAUACGCUCCCCUCGUCACGCCGGAUGGGGUGACGGGGAUGACGCGACAGUUCGGCAACUACAGCUUCUCGCGGGUUUACCAGGCCGGCCACGAGGUGCCGGCGUACCAGCCCGUGACGGCGUACGAGGUCUUCAUGCGCGCGACCUUCAACCGGGACAUCGCAACGGGGCUGACCCCCGUGACGGACGAGCUGUCGACCGUCGGCGUCAGGGACACAUGGCACAUCAAGAACGUCCCGCCGCCGCAGCCGGACCCGAUCUGCUACGUGCUGAAGCCAGAGACGUGCCAUCCCGAGAUUUGGGAGAAGGUCAUCAACGGCACCGCGCUGGUGAAUAAUUGGUACGUUGUCGGGGACGCGGCUGAUGACGUGAUGGUCGCACAGCCCGGUGAUUAUGGUGGUGUUGCAGGUCAACAGACUUUUGGAAAGUUGUGA